AUGGAUUCAGAAGUUGUUUCAAAACCAGAGCUAUUGGCCGAGUCGCUUAUUAACCUUUAUCCACACUAUAUGGACAGUCUUCAAACCCCUCCUGGACCCCCGCCUCCAUAUCACCGGGGAGAUUUCGGCCGGCCGAAUUCUCGCCAUGAUGAAUCAAAUCAAUUCAGAAUCCAUCGCAAGCCAUUAGGCGCACCAUCAGACGUGAAUCCGAAGUUCAGGGAGCCAUAUGGAGGAUCGGUUCGGGGCGCGUCCAGAGGCGCCGAAAUGAAACCAGCUCCUCCCCAGCAGAACAUCGAAAUGGAAUCACGUCCGGCGCUUCCGCCGCGGCCUGAGUUAACCUUGAGAAUUACCCCUCCGGGGCAGAUAUCACAAUCGCAACUAUACCUCAGUCCCGACAGCAUGAGCGGGAGAUCUGCAAGUACUGGUCUGCGUUCUGUUUCAAGCCUAAACUCUCUGCGCUCAUCGGCGGCGUCAUCUGUCAGCCUCGAAACCUCACCUGCUCGGCCCUCGUCUUCUAAAUCCUCAACAUCAUUGUAUGUGCAGAAAGCCUACCGGGAGGCGCGCCACUUUGCGGGAGGGCUCAUCCACCAUCCUUCGGAAAGCACAAAGCAUUUUAGCAUUCUAAGACACUCCCACGGGUUGGUAUUCUACCAGGGGAACAGUACCACUGUGGCCGUAUCCAUCUUCGCAAAUGCAUCCAUGCCGGAAAACCGAACUCUCUGGCUCCAAAGCAAAGGCUGGUCCGGCAAGACGGGUAUGCGUGCACGCCAACUCUUCGGACGGAAUGGGAGUUGGCUGGAUGUUACUCCUACAAUGAAUAUCAAGCCCGAUCAGCUAAAUCCUGCCGACGAGCGGGCAUGGCAACGAGAUAUUGCUAGUUUUAAAAAGAGAUCCAGUUCCCAGAUUCGAGAGAGGCACCAACUUCGAGAAACCGCCGUGGUCCGUAUCCCAGCCGAAGCUGGAGAUGGCUAUUUCCACCUUGUACUUUGCGUAGGGGACAAGGAGAAGGUCCUGUGUACAAGUCCUGUAUUCCGGCUUCUUUCAGUAUCGUCAAAUCCAAGUUGCGUCAAAGGCGCCAGUUUAAGCACUUUACCACUUGAGCUGGGGGCACUGGCCUUGUCUACUUACACACGGAAAGUGGCAACAACCAUGGCCACUCCUGUUGGAGCGGUCGUAAAGAACCGGGUCGAGAAAUACCUUCCCCGUUGGUGGGCUCGAGGAACUGCUGCUGCGACGUCGUCCAUGGGUGGCCGAGUUGGCCUGUUUGUUGAAGACGCCAAUUCUCAAUAUUCACGGCAACGGGAAGGCUGUUAUACGAGUGUCGGUGGCCUAGACCUGGACCUGGAACAGGGUCCAGCACCACCUUAUCCUAUACAUUUUACUGCUGGCUAUGAACCUGGUGGGGGGAGGGAAGCUGAGCUGUCAAAUAUACCGAUCCUGACGUUGGCUGGGGUGCCUGGAUAUGUGCCGCAACAGCUCCAUGGCUAUUAUUUUGGCUGGUGCCGAUUUAAACCAAAUCCAAAGACAACGCCGGUCCCGUGCGACGAAUCCUGGCAUCAAACUAUAAUUUCGGCUUUGCCACCAGACGCUUCACAGCUUAUCCGCGCCAAUCUCUCACAAGCCAACAAGAAAAUACUCGCCCUUCAUAUUGUCACCGAGAUCGACGAGAGUCUUGUUCAAAAUGGAUCAAUUGAAGUAUGGACUAUGGGCUUCCUCCGCCCCGACGAACCUUCGCAGCGCGCCAACUUAAGAGCCGGUCUGGAGGCAGGAGAUGAGGCUGCAGAGGAAGCUUUCCUGGUAGCAGAAGUCCAUGAUAUUUCCGCGAUUCAAGGGAUCCUGGAUCAGCCUGCCUGGAGCCCUGAAGCUGCUCAGCAAAGACAAGAGGAAGAAAACCCCGCGGGAAUGGACCAACUGAAGCAUCGGUAUGCCGGCAUGAGGAUGGCUGUUCAGAGACAUGUAGAUCGAGUACCGUUGCAUAAGGUUGGGGUCAGGACAGAAAUAGACAGGAUGAAAGAUAGAGCUGUAGUGACGAAUGGGUUUUGUGUUCGGAGAUGA